AUGAUGGUCAGCCUAGAAGGCGUUUCGGACGAGUGGGAGGGCUGUGCAGUGGUGCGCAGCCAGUACAGAGAAUCUCGAAGGCUUUUUGUCUUCGAGGGCGCGGGCAAGGAAGACAAGCAUGAUCCGCCCAUCCAUGUGAAGACUGCUGCAGCCAACAGAGAUGCCCUUCUGCCGUUGAUGAAGCGCAUUGGCCAGGCCAGGAAGCAGCUGUUCACGAUUGCGAUGGUGGAAGCUGAGUUGAAGAAGCUUUUCAAGCUUGUAUUUCCGAACGCGCUUGUGGACCGCUACGACGUGAAGAAGGUAGUGUCGCGGAACAAGGACUUCCGGGUCCUCAUGAAAGCCGUGGAGGGCGAAGAUGACGUCGAGAGUGACGAAAGUGAUCGCUCAAGCCAGGGCGGACCAGACGACGAUGACAACGACAACGAAAUCAUCGCCCUUUCGGAUGAGGAUGUGCUUGACGGUGAGGACCUCGCCAGUUUGGAUCGGAUGCUUGCUCUUGAUGAUGGCACGCAGCCUACGCUUGAUCCAGAGCCCAGCCAAGCCGCAAGGCCUCACGAGAUCGAGGGGCCCUUCCUGGACAAGUCCAAGGUUGAGCAAGCCGUGGAGAACAACCCGAAGAAAGUGGUUGACGUGGGCGGCGCGCGCCAGGAAAUGGUCUACGUUGAGAUCCCGGACUCGCCCGAGCAGGCCGUGAAACAGGAGCUGCCUGCGGAGGAAGAGACUCCCGGGCUUCACACGCCUGAUCCGAAGCGGGACGCGGCCUCGCAAGUGUCGUUGGGCUCCGGGGACACGGCAGCCAAGAAGAUUCCACUGUCAGACGGCUCGCUGGACUCAGGCAAGGCAGCCAAGGAGCUGGCUGAGGACAGCUCGCCUGGUUCGUCAAGCAUGGGGCCCGCAUCUGCGAAGAAGAUGCUGGUUUUCGAAGACUUGCCGGAAUCUGCUAAGCGCAUCAAGAAGAUGGCCGAUCUGUCUAAGCA